AUCUCAAAAAAAAAGACCUAAGGGAAGAAAACGAAAAACGACAUGUCGUAACUACCAAACCACCAAGCGAAAACCCUAAAAAAAAACCAGUACACUGAAGCUCAGUCGAUUAUGGCGUCUUCUAAUGUGGAAGAAGCUGUAGAGGAAGUAAACCCAGUUCCAAGGUUACAGAUUUACUCCACCUCCGCCAAUGGUGUCUCACAAUUUUGGAUAGAAAAGUACGAAAGAGAAGCUAAGAAGUAUUGGGAUGUCUUCUACAAGCGGCAUCAAGAUAAGUUUUUUAAAGAUCGACAUUACUUGGACAAAGAAUGGGGUCACUACUUCUCUGGAGCAGGGAGAAAAACCAUUUUGGAGAUUGGCUGUGGAGCUGGGAACACCAUUUUUCCAUUGGUUGCUACAUACCCCGAUAUUUUCAUUUAUGCAUGCGAUUUUUCACAGCGUGCUGUUAACUUGGUUAAGGCACAUAAAGACUUCAAUGAUUCGCAUGUUAGCGCUUUUGUUUGUGAUUUGACCAGUGAUGACCUCACAGAUCACAUAUCUCCAUCUUCUGUCGAUAUCGUAACCAUGAUCUUUGUGUUGUCUGCAGUGUCUCCAGAGAAGAUGUCUCUAGUGUUACAGAAUGUUCGAAAAGUUCUUAAGCCAGGUGGUUACGUGCUUUUUCGUGACUAUGCCACCGGUGACCUAGCUCAGGAAAGAUUAACUUGCAAGGAUCAAAAGAUCAGUGAAAACUUUUAUGUCAGGGGUGAUGGCACUCGCGCCUUCUAUUUUUCAAACGAGUUCUUAACAAGCAUGUUCAAAGACAACAGAUUUGAUGUCAAAGAACUCGGUUUGUGCUGCAAACAAGUUGAGAACCGAUCACGAGACCUUGUAAUGAAUCGGCGCUGGAUUCAAGCGGUAUUCCACAUUUCAGAUGGUACAGAUCAAUCUACCAAUACCGAGGCUGCCAUUCAAGGCGAAGAGAACGUUUUGAAGCGUGCCACCGACAAUGUUGAGGUCGAUAUCUCUGAUGGUUUGGCAGCAGAAAUGUUUGGAGAUAGUCCUUCCAAUGAUAGCGAGAUAAUAAAGAUCAGAGAUCAUAAUUUCGAGAUCAAAAGACUAUCCAAAGAGUACCAACACACAUGCACAUCGACCGGUCUAAUGAUAUGGGAAUCAGCUCAUCUAAUGGCUUCAGUCUUAGCAAGAAAUCCAUCCAUAGUUUCCGAAAAAAAGGUUCUCGAAUUAGGCGCCGGUUGUGGGGGUAUCUGCUCAAUGAUCGCAGCUAAAUACGCUAACCUAGUGAUCGCCACCGAUGGAGACACAAAAGCCCUCGAGCUAUUGACACAAAAUGUCUCCUCGAAUCUCAAACAACCAUUAUCAAACAAAUUGAUUGUGAAAAAACUAGAGUGGGGAAACAAAGAACACAUGGAAACAAUCAAGGAAGUAAACAACAAUGGUUUCGAUAUCAUAAUAGGCACAGAUGUUACAUACAUUGCUGAAGCCAUUUCGCCUCUAUUUGCAACCGCGAAAGAGAUGAUUUCAUCAAAUAGUAAGGAUCAUCAGCCUGGAUUGAUUCUAUGUCAUAUUAUAAGGCGAGUGGACGAGCCAACCAUACUUUCAACUGCCUCUCAGUUCGGUUUCAGGUUAAUUGAAAGGUGGCCCUCGGAAAAUCCCUCCGCCUCUGCCUCGGAAAGCAUUAUGAAUUCUUGGUUUGCAGGGGAUGGUUCUGACUAUAUCCCAUGUAAAGCAUUGAAUAUUUUGUACUUUUGCAUGGAAUAAUAUUGAAAUUGUUGUAAUUCUAUAUUCUCUUGCAAUUUUUUUUCAGUCAUUUUUCUUCUAAUUUGCUUAUUUAUUUUCUAUCAUAUUAUUAUAGAAAAUUGUAGUACUGUAUUUUUUUUUACCUUCAAGAUAUUUUCUCAAUUGACAGUGUAAUUUUUUUUUUCAGCCUAUCAAAUAUGCUAUAAAUAUUUUCACA